CCAAUUUGAGCCAAGUUCCCAUCCGCGGCCCUCCCCGCGCCCCCUUUCCUACCGUUUCCCCACGCGCCCUGCUCCCCAAACCCAAAAGUCGCUUUUCGGGUGUCUCGCUAGGGUUCUUUUUUUUUUUCCUCUCGCGAUUUUCUGGCCAUGCCGUACCAGCUUGUCCCCUCCUGACUCCAUUCACUCCCCUGCUGGGCUGCUGCGCUGCGGCGGCCUGCGGUAGCCAGUUUCUGCGAGGGUUCCAUCCGAGUCCGACCCGAUGGAGGAAGACGAGCAGGCGCAGCCCGAGGGGGAGGACAAGGAGAAGGUGCCUGAGCCGGAGCCGGAGCCGGAGCCGCUUCGGUGCGGGAGGCACCCGUCCCAGCUCCUCACGGGCAUCUGCUCCUCCUGCCUCAUGGAGCGCCUCUCCUCGGUGCGGGACCAGCCCGAGUCCGAGAUCGUCGAGGUCGGCGCCGCGGAGACCGCCGAGGGCUCCGCCGCCGCCGCCGCCGCGGACCGGGGCAGGCAGCGCAGGACGCUCAUGCUGCUCUUCCAGCUCGACGACUCCACCGGCGGCGCGCGUCCGUCGGAAGGGCCGCAGUCGUCGGCGGAGUUCCAAUCGGGUUUCGGAGAAGGAGCUCGAGGGGGCAAGCGGAAGGGGCCCGGGUCGUGGCUCCGGUCGAUGCUGCCGAGGGGAGCGUUGCGGUGGAGGAGGAAUGGGGCGGCGGCCUCUGCCAAGGAGCCGCCCUCGCUGCCGCCGCGCGGGGUGGCGGUGGUGGAUCCGAGCGCCAGCGACGGCGGCGCGCAGGUGGAGCGGAAGCCGAGCUUCCGCCGCUCGUGCGAGUGGAUGGUGUCCCGGGACACCAGCAGAGGCUCCCUGGAGCCGCCCCGCCACUCGUGGGACGGGUCGAUGGUGGGAAGGGCGUUCGCGUGCUCCUUCGCCUGCUUGGAGGAGCAGAAGCCCCCGGAGGAUGGGGCGACGAGGAGCAAUGCGGAGGAAGCGGUCGGGGAGGCCCGCGCCGUGGCUGCUGAGAGCAGGAAUGGCGGGCACUCGGACUCGGUUGACGCAGGGGAUGAUGGGCGGCGUCUCAGUCUCAGGGGAAGGAGCUCUUGUGACCCUGGGAUGGAGAUGGCUGUCUCUGGUGUUGGGCGACGGAGGUCCAACAGGUGGAGCAGGGUGUGGGAUCGGAGCAUCACGAGUCCUCUCAAGGAGUUUGUGAGGAAAGGGGAGCAUGUUCUCGAGCGAUCCCUCUCGGAAUCCAGGAGGGAAGUCCGGAGAGGUAAAAAUGCGGAGGCAGCAGACAUCAGUGGCGAAAUUCAUCAACCAGGACGCAAUGGACAUGUUCCGGGCAGAGCAAGCCAAGGCGCGAUCCGAAGCUCCCAGGCAGCAAGUAAUGGGGAUGCGCAGAAUUUCCGGACCGAUUGGCUCAAGAAUAGCAAGAUUGGUAGAAGCAGGAGUGUCCAUUACACAUCUCCUGGGAACCUGGACAAUGGGAUGCUUCGGUUUUAUCUGACACCAAUGAGAAGCUCCAGAAUUGCAAACAGGGGGAGGAGGAGAAGUUCACGCUUGUUUGCGAGAGGACUUUUCAGUUUCAUAUGAGUGGCUGAAGUAGAGUGUUAGCCCAUGCCAUGUGUUUUUUAAGAUGGCAGCAGCAGAAGCAACUUUUCUUUGCAAUCUACUUGGUUUCUAAGGAUUGGCAGCAUCGUAAGUUUUUCCGCCAUAUUCUUUCUUGUAGGAGACUGUUUAGUCCCAACUUAGACUCAAAGAAGCUUCACUGUUAGUUGCAGAUUUGCUGCUCAGUUCUUUUAAAAUGUUUCUUAUAGAUGGAAUCUGGACAAACCUGUGCAGAUUAGUAUCACAAUGUAAUUAUUUUUGUUGAUAAUAAUAUUUGUAUUAUUUGUUCCGAAA